AUGAACAUUCAAAGUCAAACGUUUCAGUCGAGGAGAUCGUAUCCGUAUAAGCCGCCAUUUGGUGAGCUAGUCGAUAGCGAUCCAUCAUUUGCCGAGAUGGAGAAGAUUGUUUGUGGAGCCAAUGGGAAGCGACCACCUCUCGAACCAUCUUGGACCAAUGGCAGUAAUGUGAGUGGAGCUAGUGAUUGUCAAUAUAAUUAUCAACAUUGUGAUUAG